CCCUGCCAGCCAAUCACGGCGCCGAGCGGUCUCAAGGCUCCCCCAGCACACUGCCCAGCUCUAGGAAAACAAAGCUUAAUUUCCAAGAAAACCUUUUAUUUUCCAGCCUCUGAAGAUCAUAGCUUUUAAUUGCAAGCCAAGUCAGGGCCCCUGGGUGCCCCUCUGCCGAGCCUUGCGGUGUCCAAGAGGCAGAUCUGGUGAGGUUGUUUAUCUAUAGUAUUGAGGGGGGGGGGGACCUUGAAACGGCCGAUGUCCCAUUUCCUCUGUUGUUUUGCUUCUUUUAGCCCAGCGUUCUCCAUGUUGAAACAAUUCUGAGAUUUGGGUUCUGAUCUCUCUCUAUGUAUCAACCUACCUGCUGGGCUGAUUUAUUAUAUAUUAUAUAUAUAUACACAGCUUUUUAGUGCAUGCCUUUUCCCCUCUCUCCAUAUAUUGCAAGCAGUAGGAUUGCAAUAGGAGAGAGAGAGAGAGGUAGUAACAAGGAAUUUUUCAGAGAGGGAGAGCAGUUGGGGAGGAGAGAAAGAGAGGUACAGGAUCCAGAUCUGGAGAAGAAGAGAAGCUCAGCACUGGAUCUGUGCAAGUCUUAGAUGGAAAGCAGCUGCAUGAUCACUCAAGUAACGAGAGAAGAGGCGCUUGUGCAUCCUAAGCAAGGUAAGCCAACCACACUGCAAAGUGCCUGGCUCUGUCCUUUUUAUAUGCUAACAUUUCCUGCAGAAAUCAGCAUUAACAGAACUCCACUAGAUCACUUGUUGUGAUACCCCCAACCCCUCUUCUUUUCAACUUCAGCGCAUGCAUCAUGUUUCAUUCAACCUUUAAUAGACUUUUUUUUGUUAAUUUUGGUUUCUGGUCUGCAUGGUGGAUGUUUGAGUUAUGAGAUACAAAUCUUUGUAUUUCUUCCAUCAAAUAUGUAUCUAAUUGUAUACAUAAACACAGAAUUUCCAAGUGGAUUUUUGCACUAUAGCCAUCUCAUUUUCCAUAAUCGGUUUUAUCUAUCUAUCUAUCUUAUUAUACAACCGUGUUUGUUCUUCUUUACUGAGAAGAGAAAAACAUCUCAGUCCUGCACACUCCCAAGCAUUUAAGGGGUGUGUUCUGUACACAUUUUAAAUAAUGCUCUCUCAUAAUGAUUUGCUUUCCUAUGAAGGUUGACACUGUUUAGUAAGGAUUUAGCUCACCAUUUAUUUGUUUUGUUAUACGUUUGUUUGUUACCCUGGGGUAGCUUGUAGAUGCCUUAUUUAUACUGCUUAGAACAUUUCGCUUUUAUAGCACAAAUGUAAAAAAACUGCUAAGAUCUGAAGAAGCACGUUACACAUAGGAAAGUCUGUGCUUCUUGUUGUUCUGCAUGGUGGCAACAUAACUCUUGUUGUGUGGCACUAUGUUGGAGAGGUGUGGAGCUGGCUAUUUUUAGUGCUGUUAACGGUUUGCCACCGAUCUGAGACACGUAACGUUCUAAAGAACCUUAAUAUUACAAAUCAAUUUAUGAGCAUUUUGUUUGUAUUGUUAGGUUUUUGUUUUUUUCAUGUGUGAAUAUGUCAAGUUUGUCAGUGAUGACAUUUUGUGUAUUUAAAUGUCAGGUUUGCAAGUGAUGGUGUUUUGUUUGCAUUAUUUUUAAUUUGCGCAUGUAAAUCUAUAUAAAAUUUCGGUUUCAAAAUGAUCUCAUGGUGACUCUGCAAGAAGUGCGUUGUGUGAUGGGUUUUUGUUUGCAAGUGGAGAGUGAGUGAUGCACUGUUCAUUUGGCUUCUACUUUCUGUCUUAAUUUGCUUUUCUCGUUGCAUUUGGUUAAUUUAACAUGUAACUGUACCUGCUAUCUCUCCUAGAAUGUGGACAUCAGAGCUAAGGGUUUCAGUGGGUACAGAACAGGUUUUAUAUUCCCCCCAAAAAAUUCCACACUUGGCAUAUCUACCCAAACCAACAUUUAUGGAAAUGGCUUAGAAUUUACACAGUGAUUUGAAACACUGAUGAAAAUGAUUUUAGUUUCUGACAUACAAAUCUUAUUUUAGAUGAAACAUUUUGGGGUAAUGAGUGCAAAGUAUGAAUAUUUUGUAUCAUCUGUAACAAAGUGUUACGGUGUAUUUUGUUCUAAGUAUAGCAAGCAGAAAUGGAUGGUGCUUUGGCUCUGCCCAUCAUUAUAGUUUAACCAAAACAAACACUGCCUGGCAUUACUCAACAAUCUCUCCGCCUUACUCCAUUUAUGUUGUUUACGACCAGACUGAAGGCGGUUCAGUUAAUAUAUGGUGUGUUUAACCACUCAGAUUAAGGAAUACCAAUUCUAACAGAUCCUUUGGUGAUUUAAAAAAAAAAAAAAAAGAUGUUUAUGCAACAAGCCGAAAUGCUAUUGGCAUUUCUCAAUUUUGACUCUCUGUAUAUGUAAUUAUUAGAUAUAUAUAUUUUUUUCAAUGAAGAGGCUGAUCUAAUCAUUCAUGUGGAUGGUGCAAAAUGGAUGUAUCGAGAGAAAACAGUCACACCUCUUUUGGCACACUGAAAGUCUGCACAAAAUGGGUCCCGAGUCUUGUUUUGCUUUCAGUUUGUGAAGUGGAUGCUUCCCUUAUUGGCCAGUUUGCAUAGUAAGAUAGGAAUUUUAUAAACUCAUAUUUCAGGUGUAUUUGACGAACACUGAUCAAAGAGAUGCUUGAUAGUCCUUAUUUGUAGUGAUCAGUUUCUCAAUUCAGUUUGUAGUUAAACAAGUUGGAACAAACCUGUGUUGAUCUACGCUAAUUUGUUAUGAGUCAAAUAUUUCUAGUAAAUGAAUCUGUUUUAUUAAUUAUUAAUAAUGAAUCUGCAUACUUUGAUAGGGACAAAUGUUCUCCUUGUACUAAAUUUAACAGGUUACUAAAUUAGACCAGAAUACACCCCUGCUGUUUGUUGCAAUGGCAGAUCUGACGGGUAAACGUGUAUACAGCUACACCUUAAAACUUCUUUCCCAAAAAAAGACCUUGAAACACAUCUCGGAUCUAGUUGAUACGUGUUUGAGACUGCUGUCCCUUUUGCUUGUUUACAGUAAACAAAGCCUCAAGCAUAGCUCACUCCUUGCUUUGAUUUAUUCCUGGUACAAUACAGUUAAGCUGAAAACGAAAUGUCCACCUCUGUAAUGUAAUAUUGAAAGGCUUAGAAACAAAAAUGCCUAUUUAGCAGAAACAUUGGAAAGGUGUUUAAUGGAGUUCAAUAUAAAAUACAAAACAAGUUGUUUUUGUCAUGUAUAUGAUUUUUAAAUUUGAAUCGUGUAAUACACCAUAUUAUUUCUCUUCAUGUAUAAAAGCUUAUGGUAGCGAAUGAUCAUCAGUUUAGUCACUUAUUUAUUUUUGCACGAACACAAAAGUAUAACUGAACGAAAUGAAAAUGACUAUUCAUGUAUAGUUAUGUUUACAUUAUUUCUAGAAUCCAAUUAUGAAUAGCAUAUGUUCCACAUCUGUUGUGAAUGUAUGUGUGAUACAUAUAUAUGAGAGUCUAGUAUAUACGUUUGGCAGAGACCAUAAUCGUUAUGGAUUUUAAUAUACAGAAAAGUUCAAAUAAAUAUACAAUAAUAUAUAUUUUUGCCAAUACCCAUCAUUUUUAUGACAUGCUUGUCUGGUGUGUAGAAGUAAACUUUAGAUAAAAUCUCCUGAAGAUAGCCAUUUUCAAUUCUUGGUGCUCCUUCCACCACUGUGGUCUGUGGGCAAGAUGACAGCAUCUUUUAUAAAACUACUCGGGUGAUGCGUAAGAAAACCCCGUUUCUAGCUAUGGCUGCUGAGAAAGUGCGGCGUUUGGCGGUCAUUCUGCCUUUUGACAACCUGUCCCAUGUGACAUAGUGCCUACCUUCUUAUAUGUUAUUAAUGUAUUGUGUCAGCUGAUGCUCUCAGCCUGUCACUGCCCGUCAACUGCAAGUACGUACAUAGCAUAAGUAUAGUGAUUACGUUUGUAUAUAUCUUGAUUUGUAGUGCGGUUCUGUACUGAGAUCCUGUCUGUGUUGCAGGUUUAUUAACACAACUAAUAAAGAAAAAUGACACCUAGCUGUUGUUGGCUAGCAUGAAAUUAAACUUUUAAAAGAAAAACCCAAAAGUUAAACAGGUAUCGUGUGUGUGUGUGUGUGUGUGUGUGUGUGUGUGUGUGUGUGUGUGUGUAUAUAGAUAGAUAUAUACUCCUUAACAAUGGAGUAAAACAGAAGUCAAUCCAAUGCAAUGUUAUUUUAUGCAGUGAUAUUAAAUGGAUCUAACAUGCACGGGUACAGUUACCUUUAGACCAUGUUCUGUGGGGCUAAGCUCCUUAAAAAACCUUCACCACUGUUUGAAGAAUAACAUAAUGGGCAAAGUGGGGCUUCUCUGUCAUUGUAGUAAGGUAAUAGCAUGUUGUGACAAAGUUAAAAAUAGAAGAACAAAUAUAAUACAUUUGCACAAUGUGCAAGUAUUAAAGAAUCUGAAACAAAACCUGUUUUGUAAAUAACAUUCUAAUCUUGGUUUUCAAACAAGAAAAUUGUUUUGAGCGUGUGAGCGUGUUUUGUUUUGCCAGUGUUCCCUCCACCUGACUGCUCAGUAUCUGUAUUAGUCACUGACGUGCAUUGAUAUAUCUGACAUUUGUUCCUCUGAGCACAGCAAACUGGCGUCUCAAAUCCUGUCAUUAACAGGAACUGCUUCUAAAGCAUGAUAUUUUUGUGAUCUGACAUUUAUUUUUAUUUCUUUUUUUCACCUGUUAAACAAUAGCUAAUUUUAUCAUGGGAUUGAUCACUAGAAUGCAGUAUGUUUGAUGGGUAGUUAAAUAAUUAAUUUAUAUCAGAAAUGUAUUUGGUAUGUAGGGCAUUGUUAACUUAAAGUAGUGGUUUUUGUUUUUUUAUAUUUUUUUUUUAGUUUUAGUUUUUGUGGGUGGAAAGAUACAUAAAAGGGUUGUUGGCGGCAAAUUUCAAUUUAGUUUUAGUCAUAGUCUUUUGACUAAAAGGCUAUUUUAAUUUUAGUAAUAUUUUAGUCAUCUGAAUUGUUUUUAGUUUUAGUCUAUUUUUAGUCGACUAAAAUUUGACUAAAAUUGUUAGUUGACAAAAUUAGCACUGCUCCACACUGGUGCAACCUGCACGUAUAGAGGAAUGUUUAAAGUACCCCUGUCUUAUGAAUCAUGCUGAACCGUCAUAUAGCAUUAUGAUCCCUCUAUCCUGUGCUGAUCAUUUUGUAAAUCUGAUCUGCAUUUUCUGUUUUAUAAUAUACCAGUCAAUAUUUUUUGCUAGCUUUAUACAUGUUGGGCACAAAGCAUCAUUCUUUGAGAGUUCAAAGAACUAUUGCCAGUUUCCUGCACCGUGAAAGCUGGGAUCAGUAAUCGGACCUUUUUAUUGACUGUAUGCAUCACAUGGUCUCCACAGCCUUGUGUUUUUAUUAGUACCUGCACAAUGUUUGAAAAUGAUGAUGCUGUUCAUUGGUACUUUUCCACACUGAGACGGUGACAGGUGACUUGCUAAUGUGAGUAGUUCAGUGAAAGUAAGUUUGUGUGUUUUGUUUUUAAAAAACAAAACAAAAAACAACUCCUCUAAAGCACUCCUUUGUCUAUGACAGCCUUACUGGAUUAUGAUUGUUCUUGGGCAUCUGCAAAGGAAUUCACACUUGGGCAUUAAUUUGAUAGAGUUGCGAGCCCCUAUUGACCUGCUGCACCGUAUUCUCCAAUGUAAUCGUGCAGGAGCCUAAUGUGCUUGUGUGCCGAGCUUACAUUAGGCAUUGCCUAUUUGCCUAUAGGAAAGCCUUACAUCAGUGCAUUCCUAUAGGAAAUUUAGAAGAUGCUGGAUGUCCUCAGGCAUGCAAAGUUUUUGUUUAUGGAGUUAACCCUGCAAUGAAUCAAGGUUUAAAGGGGACAGAACACUGCAACCCGACCGCUUUAAUGAGAUGAAGUGGUCUGGGUGUCUAUAGUAACCCUCGCCUACAGAACCGCUUUAAAUUAAAUUUCUAUAUCUUUAACACCUCGCAUCAGGUGGAAGUGGGGUGGGACCCUGAAGGGGCAAUCGGAAGUGACAGAGAUCUGCAUCACUGGUGAUCCUCAUAAUGGACACGCCUGCCCACUUUUAGGCUAUCUGGCUAGCCCCAAGGUUUCAAAACUGCGCAGGAAAUGCUGCUAAAACACACCCUUCAUGGUCACACUCCUAAUGCAAGUACGUCUAAUGAUGUGCUGGCAUUGUGCUGCCCGGGGACUGUUUCUUGCUAUCCCCAGAUGCAAGACACCAGGGAACUGAAGUGGGACAGGCCCCCAAAAUUGGGUCUGUCCAGCUCCUAUGUGGGGUGUCUCUCUUUGACUGUUUCAUUUGCUGAAAAAGAGCUUACAGAUUGACAAAAAAUUAUUGUUAUGCUCUGUUUCAUACAACAUUUUACUAAAAACCCCAGAACAAAAAAAAGUUAAAAAUUGAAGAAUAACUGAACAGACCAUAACUAACAUUUCUAACUGGCUUUUGGGUAGAGCAAAAUAGUUUUUUUUUUUUUUUUUUUCAGAAUGUGAGCAGUAUUUGAACUGUGCUCGAUUUCACACAUUAAUUUUAUGCAUUCUUGGGAUUGUCAUUAUUUAAAUGGUGCCAACAAAUUCUUAUAUAGCAAAUACAAUAUUUAAAUGUACCCAGUCCUUGUUUUCUCCACCUAAAGGCGAACACUUGUGAGAGUGGUGAAAAAUACUUUUUUGCUUGCUGGAACUUUCCAUAAAUCUUAUAAGCCCCUUUUUCCAGGAGAUGUCACCAUUACUUUAUUUUGCAGAUAUAAGUAUAGAGCAGGUUUCUGGAAAAUCCCACAACACUGGUAAAUUUAGUGGGAUUGCCUCACACAUACAUUUGCAUUGACUGUUAUGAACUAUGCACACCAUCAACAGUUAAUAUAAAUGCAAUGGCUUAUGAGAGGGAAUGCUAGCUGAACAUCCAGUUUCCGAUCUGAAAGUUGGUGUUACUGCAGGCAUCAUGACCACUUUAGUUAUCUUGAAGUGGUCAUGGUGCCUGGAGUCUGUAUGUGCAGAAUUUUUCUGUAAAAAGUUGUGCAUGCCAAGUUUAGGCCCUUUCCUGCCGGAGGUCUAACUCAUCAGCAAGCCCUGGACAACCGUUUCAGGCUGGAUAAUGUCCCUCACAGGAAAAUAUAUAUGCACAGACACUCAUUCAAUAUGAGGGCUGGAUCUGCCCAGAAAGGGGACAAAUCCACCAGAUGUUGGGCAGGCUGCCUGUCAAUCUUCCAGAUCAGCCCAUUGCGGGGGAAGGGGUGCAGGUGUUACUUUGUUGCCCAUUGAGUUAGGCAGGCGGUACUCACUAGCCUUUAUACUGAAAUUUGUUUUAAAGCAGAAAUUUUAUUGGGUGUGCGAAAGUGUGUGUGUUUGUGGGUGAGGCUUUAAGCAGCUAGAAUGGACAUAUCGAUGUUCACUGUAAAGUUGAUUAUUCAUUGUAGAAAGUAUCCUUAUAAAUUGUCACCGCUUAGAUCUCUUAAUUUAAGGUCUUUAUACUCCGCUGCUGCUUCCUAAUGUAAAAAUAUACUCUUGUUAAUUGCAGGGCUUGGAUGAAGCAUUUAAAUACCUGUUCCCGUUUUAUCACUUGAUGCCUUUCUAUUUACUACAUGUUGGCUCUUUGAAAUAUAAUCCCCACGAUAGCAAUAUAUUUGUAUACAAAUUAUCCCGUUUUUAUUAUCCCCAGUGUCACUCUCCCAACAUAGACUCAUUAUUAAAUGUAUUUACUGAACAAAGUUUUUACACCGCAUGUCUGUGACAAGUCCUCAAACAUUACUCUGGCGAAGAAAAGAAUUGUACAGCCUCCAGUUAUUACAGAUACAGUAUGAAAAUGUAUUAAGGAAACAUGAAAAAUAUGCAGUGCUAUCAUUUGCACUUGCUAUAUAGAGUGCAGAUUUAAUUUAUUUUUUUCAGUUUGCUUUAAGCCAUGUAGGAUGUUACAGUUCUAUAUAUUUUGUUGUGUGCACAUACAUGUAUAUACAUGUAUUCCAGCCCAACAUUGUUUGCGUUCUAUUCUGAGAAUGUGGCGUGAAUUUAAUUCUCAAGUUGUUGAAGUUUUUUUUAAUUUUUUUUUUUAAGGUUUUUCUUUUUCUUUUUUUUUCUUUUGGUAUAGAUAACUCACAACAGUGUUUUUGACAUAAUGCAUAUGAUAUUUGUCUCUCUCUUUUUUUAUAUACUUCAAAUGUUCUUUAAAGGGACACUGUAGGCACCAUAAACAAUAAUGUGUGCUGCAGUGGUUAUAGUGGCAGUUUGUGAGUGGUUUGACAUCUACAUUACUGUAUUGUCACCCACAGCCCAUCCGGUCUGAGUUGGAGUGAUAAAGCUGACGUUUCCUCAUUAUCAUACCAACUCAUGCCUUGUUUAAACAGUAUUCACUGUCUGAGAACCAUCAGCUGAUAAUCUCCGCCAACAAAUACUAGUUCUGUAAAACUGCUAGAACCACUAUAAUAAGCUUUAGUUAUUAUCUUGGAGGGUUAUUAACUAAAGUGAGAAUGGAUGUGAAUUCAAAGUAAAUUUCAAAUGUAAAGCCAUAUUUAACCAACUGAACCCAAAAAUGACCUGGAGUAUUUUUUGAAUUGGCCAAAUAAUUGAAUUCUUGACAACUCUCACUUUACAGGGUUAUAUACUAAUGUGAAUUUUAAAUGUAACGCCAGAGUAACCGACCUGAAAGCAUUGCUAACUUAAAGGGACUUAACUUCCUAAUACUAUGGUUCCCUACCCCUGUAAAAAAUAAAGGGUUAAAAACCCUUAAGUCACUUACCUGAUUCCAGCACGGUCCUUCCUCGGUGCAGGGUUGGCGCUCUGACUCCUCUGAUGUGCCCUGCGCUUUAAGCCUUCCUCAAAAGAAAGCAUUGACUCAAUGUUUUCCUAUGGGGAUUUUGCUAACACUGGAUGUCCUAAUCCAGAAUAAUUUAGGCGACACAGACCGGUAAACUCCCAGAAGCGCCUCUAGUGGCUGUCAAGGAGCUCCUGGCACCAUAACAACUUUAUUUUAAUGACAUUGUUAUUUUUCCCUGUUGUGUUAUUUGAAAAUACAGUCAAUUUUUUUUUUAAAGUAUAGUACUCAAUUUACAUAUGCACAUUGUUACUAUUUGAAUGUUUAUGAUUUUGGUCAGUUGGUUAUUAAACUUUACAUAGUACGUUUACACUUUUUAGUAUUGCGGGUUAUAUUCCUGUCAGGAUGAUCGAGCUCAGCCUUUUAUCCUUCCAAAGUUUAUUUUAAAAUUGGUAAAAUCUUCUCCAACUGCUACAACUUGUUGGGUAACACCAGUCUGAGGUGGCAUUCUCUUUUUUAAAGCAGCAUGUAUCACAUCAUACCUGCUGCAUGUCACUGUAGGGGUUACAAUUACUUGUAUGGUUUGCACGAAAUACAGUGUAAAUUCAGACAUACUAUGUAAAUUCAACAAAAAUGUGCUCAGAAUUUAAAAUACAUUUUGAGGAGGGAAAAAGCACAUGGCUCACAUUUCUUUAGCUGUCAGGUUGUGCAAAAAUUUUACAUGUGACGACUCUAAUAAAAUAAUAAUGUGUGCAGCUUUGUCCAAUUAUUUGUGUGCAGAAUAAAACCCAUGUUUACAUUUUUAUGGUGUUUAGAGCCCAAAGAAAAUAAAAAGUUUGUGUACACCUAAAACAUUGAUGAUCAGGAAGGUACACGCUGAUGGUGUGAUACUGCUACUUUUAAACAAGUGUGAUGAGACGAACAUAAAAUAGCUCUUAUUAUAUUUCUCAGGUAAUUUACCAAGCUAAAUUUUAUGGCAAUACUUUUAAGAUUAACAAAGCAGUGCUUGUUACCCUUAAUGUAUUGCUAAUCCUUCUGACACUGAAAUCGUAGAGAGAUCAGAUACAUUUGAAGAAGUCUUUUGAUGUUUUAGCAAUGGAUGGCUUUUGUUUGUGUUGUGCAGCUGAGCUACUAAAAUACCAUACAUUCCUACCAACUCAUGUACAUUCUUGCUCUGUCCCCAGCCCAUUCAUAUACUUGUGGGUCCUGCGUGUUUUUAACAUCUUUCUGUAUUUUUUAUUUUUUUUUUUGUCACGUUGGGUGGAGCAGAUUGCUCACCUGCAAAUACCCUGGUUUGUACACUUACAGAGCCAGGAGCAAAUAACAUGGAGGUGUGAUUGUAUCUCUUUGUACAAUCUAUUUAUGUUUAGCUAUGAUCUGUAUGGUUGCUGCUUAGGGGAGACCUUUUUGAUAAGAAGGGACAUUUUUGUGUUGUGAACCUUCGAGGAACUGCAACUUCUCUAGAGCUUAAACUAUUGAUUAAAAUGUGAAACUCACCUGUAGCUUGUUAGGCUUUUUUUUCAGGAGAUGUCUUGUUUUCUUUUAAGUUAAUAAUAUAGAUUUAGCAAAUUACAUCACAAUCCAGUUCUGACAAGACAAAGCCAGGGCAAACAUUGCGGAGGCGGAGACCUAGAAACAUUGUUUAAUUUCUCCUCAUCUGUUUGUUUUCUCAAUGCUUUCUGCCAGGUGCAAGGACAGGGCACUGGGAGCUAAAAUGGUUUGCAGGAUGAGGUGUUUAGUUCUACAUUGUAUUUUGUUGUUCACGCUUCACAAAUAUAGGGUAAAGUAAACGUAAUAUUAAAAAGCCUGAGAAGGGACAGUCCCCCUUUAAUAGUUUAAUAAACUUAGAAUAACAGCUUGUCAGGAUUAUUCACUAAAAUCCCAAUAGUUUGUUGUUCUUUCAUUCACUAAAAUGCGCAUUUCCAGAAAUUCAAAUACAAUUUACAUUCGCAUAGAAUUUAAAGGCAAUAUCUUUAUAUUUCACCUUUUGUGCCCUGUGGGGCACCUGUCAUGGCUUAAUUGACAUUGGUAACCACCCAAUGUAAUUAUUUUUAUUUAUUUUUUUAUUUUUUUUGUUCCAACUUCAGUAUGUAUGAGGGAUGUACUUGAAUUUAUCCAUGGAUAAGAAAAGUUAAUACAACCUACUAUUUCUGGCCUUUUCAUGCUAAGUGUGCAUCAUGGGAAAUCGACCUUAUAACAGCUGUACAACCAAAGGAACACUAUCCCUUCGAUACAGGAUGGUUAGAGGUUGAAAAAGUAUAGCACUUCAAAGGAAACCAUCAACCUCUAAUAAACAUAGCCUAUGAGUGUUGUCAUAAAGAAACACAAUCUACUAAUAAAAACAAAACAGACUCAUCUGGCUCACACUGUAUUGAUUAGUUCUCUUACUCAUCUGGAGAAAUGCAGUUAUAAAUGCCUCAUCUGAGAUAUACAUAUAUUCUUCAAGCAGCGAAUUGCUGAUAAUAUGGUUCAAAAUCUGUAUUUUGACCAAGUUGGAAAAAUUAACCAAAUCAUAUUCACCAAACAAUUGUUUUAUUUAUUUAUUUAUUUAGAUUGGUUAAACGGACCCUGCUUUGGAAAUAGUAUAUGAUUUGGUGAAUUUUUCCAACUUGGUCAAAAUACAGAUUUUGAACCAUAUUAUCAGCAAUUUGCUGCUUGAAGAAUGGUCCCUUUGUGUUACAUGUCAUCUGCAAUGGGCAGAUUGUAUCCAAUGAAUACCAUUUUAUUUUUGUUGAUGAAAUACUUAUAUUGUAGUUGUAUUUGGGCUACAAAUCCUUCCAUAUUUGAAUGUUGUAUUAAUUAACCUGUUUACUAUUUGCCUACUACUCAAUUUCCCUGUUUAUGUUUAAUAAAACACCCAAGCAACUUUUAUUCCUACACUACACAUAUGUGCCAAUUGAUAAAGGUGGCCAAAGUAUGUGGGAGUGUGUUAGGGGAUAAGGGUUCAUAUGUUAAGCUGUGCAACAUUGGCAUUUUGUCAGGGUUGACAAUUUUCUUAGAAUUUAUGAGCCAGGGCAAAAAGUUAGGAGCCACAUAAAAUGUAAAGAGAGAUCAGCAACUGCUCAUGUAUUUCAAAAUGGCCAUUCCUGUGCAUGGUUCUGCAAUCCAACCACACAAUGAUAUAUAUAUAUAAUCUCUAUCUAUCUAUCUCUUACCAAAAUAGUGACAGGGAAUGAUUACAUCACCAAGUGGUAGACAGAUAUUUGUACCAGGUGCUCCUUUGUGUUGCCAUGGCAACCCAUGUCUGAAAUCAUAGAUUAAAUGUAUGCCAACCUGUAGGUGAACAUGCCAUAUAAAUAUUUUGUGGAUGUCCAGUUCACUUUAAACUUAUGCAGCAAAAAAGAUGCAGUUUUGUCAUCCUCUUCUCUGCCCCGCUUUUUCUAUUUUAGAACACAAAAUUAGAAAUAAUUUAGUAACAAGGAGUUUGAUCCCCGUAAAAUAAUGGCUAUAAUUUAACAACCAUCUUGGUUGGUGUGUCUGGUUUCAGAUUUUACUCCUGGGAUGCGAGCAGGCCGCAGUGUCUGGUACUUUACUAUACUGCUUUAGUGACACAAUGUCUUCUUGUGUUCUGUGCGUCUGAGUUAUUUACAGUGUCAGCCUUUGAUAGGUGGUCUGAGAUACUGCACUGCUGAGCUUGCUCUCUUGUUACACUAGCAGGCUUUGAAAGCUCAAUUAGAUCACAGGCACUCAAAUCAUAAAGGGUGCCUUCUGUCUGCACAUUACUGAUUUACACAGCCUUAGGGCUACUCCCCACUACUCACUUUCUCUCAGACCUAUUAUGUGGUCUUCACAAACAUCACCCUGCCUGCUUGUUUGGAACUGCUGAGCAAUAUAAACAAUAUUAAAACCUUCCCCUUGCCAUGUUUGCUUCCCCUCAGCAGUAUAAUUUUAAGGUACCAUUGUCAAUAUAGGUUUUUAAAAAGUGGUGUUAUUUAGCACUUCUGGUCCAGAGCGUGUGUUCUACAAAACUCCACACACAUCACGUUACCCAGGCAUUGCUCACGGACCCAUGAUAAAUCAUAUUUUUAAAAGAAAGUUAUAUAAUAUGGCACAGCAGUACGUUGUCCGUCUUCAGGGAAAUUCUGUUUUGUGUGCUAAAUGCUGCUGAUGGUGUUUUUAUCCCUGUAAUAAUAUUAUAUGAGGCCCAUGGCAGUAUUUUAUUAAAUUUUUUUUUUUUUUUAUACAUACCUCACCAUUUCUUACAUAGUAGCGGUUUUGACCUGGUGCUCAACACAGAACAGUAUAAAUUGAAUUGUUUUACUAAUAGCAGGCUGUCCUGUGGGUUCCAGCCUUGAUAUUGUCCACAUACUUUCGUCGCAUGUUUAUUUAAAAUUUAUAAUAAACAGACAUUCAUUAUUCCAUGUCGUGUACAAAAUACCCUAAAAUGAUAUCUUGGUUUGAUUCUCCCUUGGGGAGAUUGAGAACAGUUUUUGCAUGUUUCUUUGCGACAAACAUAGAAUUCUAGAUUUAAUAAAAUGCACUUUUAAUAAGGGUGCCUGGGGUAAAAUGCAUACCUUUGUUUUUCUAAUGCCUUGUAAGAAGAGUAUGCUUUGGUAUCCAGUGAUAUGUGGUGGUGUUUUUUUUAUUUUUUUUUAAUUCCCUUACAGCCUUUCCUUUAUAAUUGCAACUAUUUUAUUUAUUUUCAUUCUCAUGUCUCCUUCCUGUGUGUUUCAAACAGACUGAAUUAGUCUCUAAAUCUCAAUCACUGUCUGGACAAUCUCAAACAACCAAUAACAAGUUACUUAGAUAUAUAGAACUUUUAGUUCACCAUAGGAAGUGGAGGUGGGCAGCAGGUAAGAAGUCGAAAUGUUCUAAAACAGAUUUACUCCUUCCAAUAGGGGUGCACAAGGGCCCUCUUGCCACCAUAGCAAAUACAUACUGCUGUAGUGGUUAUGGUGCUUGGAUUGUUUCUUUGAAUGAGAAAUUUACGUUGCCAUCUAAGAUUGUAUGUGGCAAAUGUACACUGCACACACAACUUGGAUGAAUAUCACUCUCCAUCUCUCUCGGGAUAGAGCUGAAAAGCGGCUUUUGGUGGCUUGAUAGAUUGCUUCAUAAAACUAUAAAAAUACCUGCUGCAGUAUGACUGCUAGCCCCUUAUUCAUUAAUUCCACUCCUCCUAUGUAAUAGUUGAACUGCAAGUGGGGACUCAAACGUAUCAUCUAGAAAUACUGCUGGACAAGAACAUGGUUACAUUUUGCACAAUUCUUAAGGAUUUGCUGACCUGGUUACUUUGUCCCUUUAAUAACCUGUAGGACAGAGUGUCCUGCUUCACAAACUGUUUGCUGUUCUACACGUUUCAUUGACCCAUUACUGUGUUUCUCGUGCAUAGUGUGUGAUCCUAGGAGCCACCUGCCCCUUUCCCUCUGACACUGUAUCUGGAAGACAGAUUGGCUCACCAUCUGCCGCCUGAACGCUAAAGAGAAAUACAGCCAGCUCAUUUUUCAGCUCUUUCAGUGUAUUCUGCGCACUUAUUGUACGUCCUGACAAGACAAUUGAAUCUUCUCUUUCUGUUUUUAAAUGGUUUCAUAGUUCAAAGUUGCUUCUUGUUGCCCCACAUCUGAGCUCCUUAAAGACCAUGACUGUAGGAGGAAGUUUUGACAAGAUUCGGUGACACAUUUUUAACCCCUUAAGGACCAAACUUCUGGAAUAAAAGGGAAUCAUGACAUGUCACACAUGUCAUGUGUCCUUAAGGGGUUAAAAGAAAAUUUAAUCUCCCAAAGAAAAUGCUUUUCUAAAAUGGUGUAGGUUUUCCUUACACCAAUAUGAGUUGUUAAUGAUAUUAUCCAGGCUGAUAUUUCUUAAUAAAUGUGUCAGUAAGGAAUUCUGGUAAGCGCCAUAAUGCUACAUUAUAUGCGUCGGUCACACCCUUGUUCCUUUACUUGCUAUCAUGCACUCAAAGCCCAGCGGGAUCUUCCACAAAUAUGUCCUAAGCUCCUGUUGCUCGAUCACAAAUGAUUUGACAUUAUCUAUAUGUAACCUUUAAUCAUUGUGCAGUGCGUAGAGUCCACGAUUUGCCGAACGACACUAGUGAUGUCACUUGUCAGGGGUGGUUCUCCAUCACUGCGAGACUUUAUCUGUUUGCAGGAAUACACAUUGUAUUGUUCUGUCUGUAAUCAUUCCAUUCACUAUAACCUCAUUAUCCUUGCACUAUUGCAUAUGUUUUUUUUUGUUUUUUUCUUUCUGCUUGCAUUUAUAAAAGUUUGAACCAACAGUUCCCAUCAAUAAAAUAUAUUUGGUGUGAGCAGUGCUCACAUCUAAUAAAUCACUGUAGGAAAGCCAAAUGUCGCCAGUGGGAUUGAGAAUCUGUGUUCUGCUAGUUUUGGGGAAAUCUAAGUUUCAGUAAGGGAGAGGCCCUCUGGUGCAAAAUCUCUCUGAGAAAGCUUGAGAGAAGGAUAACAAGUUAACCAUGUGCUAAUCCAUUCAUGUCACUAACUAGAGAGUGUCAGCCAUCUUACUGCUAUUAGCCAUUUCAUGGAAUAUCUAACAGCACUAAGUCACUACAUUUUUAAGGAUCGCUAUAUUUGUAUAGAUCAGUUAGGCACUCAAAGACCACUUGACGGUCUAUCCCGUCAUGCAGUGCAGGGUUUUAAUGUCCAGUCAUGGCAUAGACCGUCAUUCAGUAAACGUACCAGCAUUGGUUAAAUCCCUGCUGUUACCAAGGAACCCCAGUUAUAUUUUGGUACCUUGGGUUCUCCUCUAUCAGCUGGGGCCAGGAUAAGUCGCCCUCCAGGGUUAAAGUGCGGUGAGAGCAGUGUUAUAUUCCUUAUCACACCAGGAAACCCAGGUAUCAAUAGAUAAUGGGGCUCCCCUCUGUCAGCUGGGGCCCUAGUGCCCCUAGACGUUUUGAUGAACUGCAUGCAGUGCUGAAAAUCUGAAUUUUAGGCUUAAAUAGCAAACUGGAAAAAUUAUCCAUAUCGGCUAUGUAUUUCAGUUUGGCUAUGUAGGCCUAAAAUGCGACCUUCACUUUCAGCUUCGGACAUUCAACAAUUCAGUGAAUCGGUUCUCUAGGAAAUAGAAUGGAGAAAAUCAUUGUAUGUUUAAGUAAGUAAUUCCUGCAUAUUUUAACCUUAAACGUCAGGUAGGUCAAUAAAAUGAUUGUAGGCAAGAAUUUGUGAUUUGAACAAAGUUAAUUAACUUCUUAAUUGCCAAAGCCCUCAAUACAAGUAGCCCGGAUUACAAUAUGUGCACAGGAAAAGCCUAUGUCUCUUUACCUGCACACCUGACAUUUUAAAGGGACACUAUAGUCACCUGAACAACUUUAGCUUAAUGAAGCAGUUUUGGUGUAUAGAACAAGGUUCCUGCAGCCUCACUGCUCAAUCCUCUGCCAUUUAGGAGUUAAAUCCCUUUGUUUAUGAACCCUAGUCACACCUCCCGCAUGUGACUUGCACAGCCUUCCAUAAACACUUCCUGUAAAGAGAGCCCUAUUUAGUCUUUCUUUAUUGCAAGUUCUGUUUAAGAUUUUCUUAUCCCCUGCUAUGUUAAUAGCUUGCUAGACCCUGCAAGAGCCUCCUGUAUGUGAUUAAAGUUCAAUUUAGAGAUUGAGAUACAAUUAUUUAAGGUGAAUUACAUCUGUUUGAAAGUGAAACCAGUUUUUUUUUUUUCAUGUCUCUGUCAAUCAUAGCCAGGGGAGGUGUGGCUAGGGCUGCAUAAACAGAAACAAAGUGAUUUAACUCCUAAAUGACAAUGAAUUGAGCAGUGAAAUUGCAGGGGAAUGAUCUAUACACUAAAACUGCUUUAUUUAGCUAAAGUAAUUUAGGUGACUAUAGUGUUCCUUUAACCCCUUAAGGACCAAACUUCUGGAAUAAAAGGGAAUCAUGACAUGUCACACAUGUCAUGUGUCGUUAAGGACUAUGUAUCCAGUAUUGUUACAACUCCAUAAGCUCCAACCAAUUUCAUUUUUCAAACCUCGGAACGUUUUUUCCAGCUUUGCUUUACAAAUGGACUGUUGAAUUAAUAAUCUGCAGUGUUACCUUGGCGUUACUAACAUAAAUUACUGUUACACUCUGAAGGAAAGAUAAGAAAAUUAUUGCAGAGAAUUAAUGGAGUCUGUUUUUAUUGAAAUUGUUUUUACGAGUACAAAUUCCCAUGGGAAUUGCAAUCCUUAAAGGGUUGCUCCAACCACCAUGACCACUUCUGCUUUUUGAAGUUGUCAUGGUGGUAGGAGUCUGGAUGUGCAGUGUAUCAGCCUCUGUUUCAGGCUGCCUUAUGUCAGUUCUGUGCAUAAUUUACGUCUGUUGUCAGUGUGCACUGCGUGCUGCCGAUAGACGUGGGAUUGGGAGAAGUUUUUGUCUCCCCUCUCUCCCACCCACACAGAUGGAAGCCCUCCCAAUCCCAUCCGUUAUUUUUAUUUGUUUAAAUCACAGCCAUCCCUCUUUCUCCAUGCACUUCCUCCCUCUUCCUCAUCUUGCAUUCUCCGAGGCCCAAGCCCUUUAAAUCCUCCAAUCAAAGGCUUAUCUAUGAAGAGCCUUUGAUUGGACUUCGGCACGGAAGUGUGCCGAGCAAUGCCAGGGAAUUUUGUCAGGAGCUGGAUUGAGGUAAGUAAAAUGCUCCUUGAGCCUUUAGUUUAGGGUGGACAUAGAAUAAUGCAAAUAAGGGAUUAUUGAAAAUCUUACCAAAAAGGGCUGGAGAAACCCUUUAAGAGAACAUGGGAAUGAAGUGGCCAUAAUGCAGAGAAUUAUUGUGUUUGUUAGCUUAGUAUUUAAUGUAAAACUACUAUUAAUAUAUAUACUUGAAUUAUUGAUGGGGCCCGUUGGCUUAAACUUUUAUAAAUGCAUGCAAAAACACAAAAAUAUACAGUAGUGCAAGGAUUACGGAAUGGGAGAGGUCCUUGCAAAAUAAUCCUUUAAAAAUUAUUUUUUAAAAGAUAAAUAAGGUUAGGCGGACAUUACACUCAGUUUUGAGAGAGAAAAAAUUAGAAGAUUAUUGCAGCAACUGAAAUGGUGGUGUUACUUAGGGUGCCUUUGAGAUAAUUUGGAUGCAUCUUAGACUAAAAAAAACCCAUGUAUUUAAUUCCUGCGUAGGUAUUAAAUAAAAAGGUGUUCACUGUUGAUCUAUUUUCAAUAAUUUAUACAUUUUAGGCCAUAUUAAUUGAAUUGGGGGGAAUUUUUUUUUUUUUUUUUAACUCUGCUUUCUGGUGUUAAACUUGUAAGUCUCUGGUGAAUUCCUGCCAAUUCACAGUUUAGUGAUGAAUGCUUCAAUAACAAAUUUUAAUGUAAAGAGUUCCACUUUAGUCUUCUAGUACCUUGAACCGAAAUCUCACCUUUCUCGUGUUGUAAUAAAUGGAUAAAUAUUCUAGCUGUGAUCACGAAAAAAGGGAAUACCUCUUCGUGUUUUUCUUUUGCACUUAAAUUAAACGUGUCUAAGUGCCCACCAGCAUUUAUAGAGAAUUACAAUAUUAUACAACAAAAAAUUGGUUCAGGAUUAGAAAGCUUUUGUAAUUAUAAAGAAGCUACAGACUUUUACAUCUAGUGGCUAUUUAUUUUCUAGAUCCUGUUUUAAAUGAUCAUCAAACGCUUUUAUUCUGGCAGCUGGGGGCUUGAAAUUUCAAACAUUUUUCAAUUUGUUAAAACAUUGCUCUAGAAAUACUUGUUAAUUUAACCAUUGGAACCCUGCAUUUCAGUCUUGAGGCUCUUUAACCCCUUAAGGACACAUGACGUGUGACAUGUCAUGAUUCCCUUUUAUUCCAGAAGUCUGGUCCUUAAGGGGUUAAAUAAGAUCCAUUUUGUGAGUUUUUCUAGCUUCCUUAGUGAUUAGUCAGGCUUGCAGGCCAAUAAAACCGGAGGAGUGCUAAUAUAAACCUUUCAAAGAUACAUAUGUUCUGUUAAAUAUGUAAACACGAGAAUCACAAGAGGCAGACGCUAGUUUGUUGGACAAACACAUUGAAAGAUGUCCCUUUAUUUAUCUGUUCUAUUGAUUGACGGGGAGAAUUUGAGUAUAUAUUUGCAGGUUUACUUGCUAAACUAAGAAUCUCCCAUGAAUUGCACAUUUUAUAAUUAAAACUGGAAUAUUUCAGUUCUAAUUCCUUAAACCUUUGCAGUGAAUCCCAGACAGUUGAAGCUUAGUGAAUAACCAUUUUUUUUUUUUGUUUGUUUACAGUAUAUGUAUAUAAACCAUACCGCUUGUUGCAUGAGUAUGCACACGUUUUGACCACCAGCCAAUAGUUUACUAGGGACUAAUCAUUGUAUCAACCUGAGAUUGAAACAUUUUCUAAGAAGUCAGGCCAAAUAAAAUAUUGAUCAUACACACUUAAAUGGUCAUACUCUCUUAUACAGCAUUGAGCUUCUCAUUUGCACAAACCUACACUACUAGCCAGUCACUCACGCAUGCUUGCAAUUGAUUUAAUUGUCUUUUUUUUCUUCCCUGAUGAUCACUCUUUUUGCUGUGAAGAGAGGAGAUCAAGAUAAGUGCUGUCACGAGGGUGUGUUGGGGAGUGGACUGUCACUAGAUAUUGAAGCAGAAAGCAGAUACUGACUUCAUUUGCACUCCUGCACAGGGUCCUGACUCACAAUGAUGCAAGGAAGUAGUGACCUCUCCCCUCUGUUUCAGAAUGGUUUGCGGGGUGUCAAACAAACCCUGAAACUGUAUGUUCAACAUGAGCCUUCCAGUGUUUGACCUCCCCUGACUGACAAAGACAAUAAUUCACCAAUUCCCUUAUGUGUUGCCACGGUUACCACGGAGACCUAGCUCCACAGAUUUAUUGAGCCUUAUAAAUACAAGGUAAUAAGUAAUGUAACCAUUAACAGACACUCUAAAACCAAUCUAGCUUUAUGUUGCACAUCGAUACAUUCCACUUACAGGAUGAAUGUGUAGAGGCAAACAUGUUUUUGUAAAGAUGUGCGUUCACUUCCUCACACCUCAUGUCUCUUACCAGCAAACCAUUAGCUAAUCCCAAAUAAAGACCAGAAUUUUUAUCUUUGCGUUGCACAAAUUCACUGAUGUAGUAAGUGUACAGAUGGGGAGGUAUUCGACAGAUGUGCAUGCUGGUUUUCAAUUACCUUCUCUCCCACUGUUCUGUAGAUCAGUAAUUCGAGAUUGAAUUAAACUUGAUGUUCAGCUCUAUAACUGCUCUUACAAGUCAGCGUAGAGUGAAAUUCCUCAUCUACACGAAGAGUCUUGUCUUCCUUUAGGGGGAAUAGUCCUCGUACAGUGCAAAAAAUUAACCUUUUCUAUUCUUUACGUGUCCUAUGUCGAAUGUAGACAAGGAGGUUCAUUCAACUGAUAUUUACUGUGAAACCUUUUCAAAACGAGACCUACAUACGAUAGAGGUGAAAAUGUGGUAUUAGAAAGCAAGUCCCAGCCAUUCACCAUACCAUUAUACAUUGUCUCUCUCAUGUACAAUAACCUCCAUUAUCUCAGGAGGAAGUCGAAAUGCUAAAUACAUUAACAUAAAAGCAUUAUGUAAUAUAAACCAGAAAAUCUUUAUAAUGGACUACAAAAGGAAUUGAGCUCUGGACGUAUGAGUAUAAAAUUUGAUUCCCAUGUAAUUGGCCCCAGGCUGACACUGUCCGUGCAGAAAUCAGAACAGUGAAGGGGUGGUGGGGAAUCGAGAAACUGCUUCAUGUUUUAAAAAUAGGAGAGCUACCGGAUUGCAUCACUUUAUCGAUUAAAAUAAAAAAAAUUCUCUGUAAAAGCAGAAUAAAUGUGGCUAUCGGAGCUCCACAUUUUGGUGAUGGCACACACCAAUAGAGAGAGAUGAUUGUGAUGUUGAUUUUUAAAAGAAUGGAAUCUAUACUUUGCCUAAAGUUUCUAUAAGUGACUAGCAUAGAUUCAAGAUGAACUAUAGUCACAUGCACAUAAUUAUGAGAAAACCCCUUUUUGAGCUAAGAAAAUGCAUUAAUGUCCAUCUACCUUUAACAAUUUUUUUUGGGGUGAGGAAGUACAGAAAGAUGGGGCAGAGUUAUAAUACUGGAGUAGAAUAGUUCAGCAUUUUUCGCUAUUAGUUGGCUCCCAACUGUUGCAGAUGAUUGUAGACCAAAACCUGAUUGAAUCAUCCCAACAUGAAACGAGUACAGAUUUCAAAAUCAUGCCAGACAAUUAUGAAAUGACUAAUUCACAUUUUAAUGUUGGCUCCAACAUCAAAGUUAUACCUGUCAGCUGGUGCAGUUCGAGGACACCCUACACAAAUUAAAUUUAAAGUUUCUUCCAACAUACCAGAAUAUUUGUACUAGGCUUCUUUCCAACGCAUUGUGUCCUCCGAAGGAAAGGAUAAAUAGUGGUUUCCUAAUCCACACAUUUUCCUAAUUAGAUACUCGUAAUUGCUUUUCAGCAAUAAUCUUGGGGGCAUAUUUUGAAGCAAUGAUUAUGCUAAUACAUAAUGAGUGUAGUAGAUAGUAAUUUGGACCCUCCACAGCAGCACUUGGCAAGUUGAAUAUAAACCAAGUUUUCUGUUUUGUUUUUUUUGUUGUUGUUUUUUUUGCUGUAGUGUUGCAGAACCCUGCAAUUCAGUUUUUUGUUUGCUACAGUUUAGUGAAGUAAACAAAUCCCCAAUAAGUUUAUAGAGAGUUUGCCCCCUUUUCUUUUAUAGUAUGUGCCAGGACUUUGGGCCACGCAUAAAAUAAAAAGGGAUUUUAUUUGUGAAUAUGAUCAAAUUUUAAAGAAAAAAAAAAUCUACAAUGUGUAAUCUUUUCAAUGUGUAAUCUUUUAAAUUCUGAUUACUCACCAGAUUCACAUGUUUUACAGUUGUAUGGCAAAAUAUUAGUAUUCUGUAUUGAGAACAUUCUUCACGACCUACAUCUCAUAGAAGAAUGCGGAAAUAUGUUGCUUGGUUAGUGACCUUUACAAUUAGUCGUUCUGCAUUUAUAAUCUGUUUCCUUGGCAAUGAUAACAAAUACUUGCGGAAACCAUUCUAAUCUUUAAUGAAACUUAUUAAAUGUUAAACUCAGAGUGACUUUAACCACAGACGUGGAGACGAUGGGAACUUUGCAUUACUAUUAUUUUAUUAUUUUAUAAAAUAUUUUAGAGAGCUGAUUCAGGAUUAUCUCUCCUGGUAAUGAAAGGGUUAAUGUCUUGUCUAACCUUACAAAUAUCGUAUGUACUCUUAUGUAGAUAUACCCCCAAUGCAAAAAGUAAAAAUACAAAAACAAACUUAUUGCCUAAACACUAAGGUUAUAAAUACUCUUUAAAUGAGCACUAUAGGGUCAGGAACACAAACAUAUAUUUCUGACCCUAUAGUGUUAAAACCACCAGCUAGCCCCGCUGGCCCUCUCUUGCCUCCCUAAAUAUAGUAAACUGUUACUUGUAUUCAAGCCUGAAGCUGCUGGCUCUGCCCCUGUCUGCCUCACAAUAGCAAGCUAUCUGCUGACAUCAUCAGAAGUGUUGUUUAGAGCCAGUCACUAUGCUUCGACAUAGGAUUGGGUGAGACUGUGAAGGAGGCAGAUCAGGGGCAGAGCCAGCACAAGUCAAACACAGCCCUGGCCAAUUUUAAAACUCACCUUAUUUCCAGCACCACGUGGGUCAGCCCCCUUUGGGACCAAAUGCUGUUUUGGCCAAUCAGGGCCUCCUCAUAGAGAUGCAUUGAUUCAAUGCAUAUCUAUGAGGAAAAUUCAUCAUCCCCAUGCAGAGCAUGAAGACGUUGAACGGCACGGCUGCUUACUGUGCUGCUUAGUGCCAGGAAGCCCCUCCAAUGGCCAUCUGAGGAGUGACCACUUGGAUGUGUCUCUAGGGCCAAUGUAAACACUGCCUUUUCUCUGAAAAGGCAGUGUUUACAUGAAAAAGCCUGAAGGGGAGCUAUUAUACUCACCAGAACAACUACAUUAAGCUGAAGUUGUUCUGAUGACUAUAGUGUCCCUUUAAGGCUUAUUCUGCCUGUUACAAAUGUGGGGCUUGACUACAUAGGUUCCUUUUUUAAAUGAUUUUAAUUAAUGUAUGUUUUCAGUAUUUUGGCAUUUGACACUUAUUCACAUUUAAACAGAGCAUGUAUGCAUGUAUCAAAUUGUGGACUAAAGAAAAUAAAUAUAUAUAUAUAUAUAUAUAUAUAUAUAUAUAUAUAUAUAUAUAUAUAUAUAUAUAUAUAUAUAUAUAUAUAUCUCUUUUUGGGGAAUGUACAUUUUGUUAUUUGUGUUAUUGUAUAUAGAUUGUAGUGUAAGUAUUUGGAAGGAUCUACCUGAUUUAGGAAAAAGGAAGUGAUUGCGGGUGCUCCCUUUUUUUUUUUUUUUUUUUAAUUGUAGCAUUUCAAGCUUUUCUCAAACAAUGGUACAUUCACCAGAGGUUUCUUAUAAAAACCACGUUCUACACCAAAGUUCUAAAGUGGAAUAAUUAGCAGUAAAUUAGCAUUACAUUGAUUUAAAUCACUUUUCCUUAGCAGUUGAUCAUUUUUUUUCUGCUUUUUACCUUAUUUUAUUUUCUCUUUCUUUAUAGAGAGUAAUUUGAUUUUGUUUCCGUUACCAUUUUUAUUCCUCAAAAUGUUUUAUGGCUAACAGGAUAAUUAAGGUGUUUGCACAUCAAAGGUGAUAUACCCUGAUGGUUUCCUCUAAAACAGAACUUCCACUUCUUCACGACCAAUGGAUGCCAUUUAUGUAAAAAUUUCAAAAGCCUCAUUUCAGCUGACAUGUUCAGCCAAUCCAUUUCUUCCAAAUUUAGACAAAAUUGACUUUGAUAAUGCUAAAACAGAACUUCAGCAUUGACCGUAGAGCGAGCAAGGAAAUAUGGCAUUUACAGAGCCUCAUAUGGUGAUAUUUGUAGACAUCUUCAAAUACAAUAUCAAAAAAUAUAAACCCAACUAAAGUCCAGAAACCAUAUGUCGACCAACAGCAAGACCUUAUCCAUUUCUUUCCAAAUUUCCUUCACAUCCUGCAUCUUCAAGAUUAACAUUCCUUAAUCUUAUAUGCUACUUUUUCAAUCCUACACAACGAUUUGCAUUAUUUGUACUAUUGUAAUGCUGCUUGAAUCUGGCUUACUGCAUCCGUAUUUCAUUUUUAUUAUUGUACAUUUUAGGUUUUUUCGCUAGCGGGGAAAGCAGAACAAAACCCUAUAGAAAAUAUAAACCUAUAUAAAUAUCCCCUCUUGGGUAACACUUUAAAUUUGACCACACCACACUUUGUAGAUCAUUGGUUUCUGUGUAAAACGUGUGUUAAACAUAUCGUAGGUGAACAAGUGUCCCAUAAAAGGCAUAGGGAGACUCUAAGAAGCAAAUGCUUAACAGCAUGCUAUAUGCCAAAGGGUCUGAACACAAAACCAUCUCAUUGCAAAACAAUUUCAUAUCUAAGGUUAAAACAAAGCAUCUCUUUUACAUGAAAAUGUUUAAAUGAGAGCUGACCCGUGCUCCAUAUACUGUGCUCUGUUAACUUACUGCACAAUGGCUUAUUACUCCGACAGUUGUUGUGAAUGACAUCUACCUCAGUGCUCUUACAGCCAUAAUGCUGGCAAAGCAACAGGGGAGCUAUAGUCCACAACAUUGGGAGUGCUGAGGGUUGCCUAACCCUGGCGUUCACUCACUCUCUGGACCAGGGGAGAUGUUGUAUAUUGCAUUUUUUUUUUUUUUAAAGUCCAUCUUAUUGCAAGUGAUUGUUGUUUACAUGCAAUCGUGGCUUAAUGCUGAUGGUUAAAGCACUGAGAAUACAAAAACCAUGCUUAGAUUGCCUCCUGGUGGCUGAGUUGCCGAACCUCAGCUGUAAAACAGGUCCAAUUCAUCACUUAUAAUACACACAUUGCUGUACUGGACAGAUUUCAUUUACUCCAUGUUUCAAGGAUUUGCAUUAAUUAUUUUAUUUAAACACAGAUUGGUUAAACAUGUUUAAAGGGUCUCUGUAUAUGCUUUUUAAGGGUCUCUGUACUAACGUGAUGUGUUUGCCUUUUCUGUUUCAGGACUGGUGGCCAAAAACUCCCUGAAGAAGCCUCGAAAUCGGAGCAUCUUCAAGGCUCUUUUCUGUUGCCUUAGCGCACAGAAUGUCAGCCGACCAGGAGGCUCCAGCGAGCCUCCAACGCAAAAGGAAGAGACAAACUCAACCCCAAAGGUAUGUCACCGAGUUACCCAUAACAAAUACCCCAAAAUGUCAUGUUCUGUAUUGGUAUAUAGGUUUUAGCUUUUUGGAAAAGGAUAUAUUUUGCCAUCAUUGCUUCCAUAGGUUGCAAGGCUACCAAAACAGAGAAAGGAAAGUUUUAAAUGUAAUCUAAAUAACUGGCAGAGCAUCUCAUCUAUAUAUUGUGCUCGCAAAAUUACCAGGGAUAGGAGUGUGUGUAUAUAGUUUGUCUGUGUGUAAGAUAUGUCAUUUGUUUUUUUUAAAUUUAUUUUUAUUAUUAUUAUUAUUAUUAUUACUAUAAAAUUAUAUGACCGUUGACACAAACUACAAAUCUCUCAGUUGUAGUGGGUGUGCUUGGAUGUGAAAACUCCCACAAUGUCUAGUGAGCGAAUCCCUGAUUAUUGGUAGUGCGCUUGGCUUCUUUGUAGGACUCCAGUGCACAUGGCAUCUCAGCAAAUGUCCGUCAAGUUUACAUUUUAAUCACGGUUUCCCUAGCAUGAAUAGAUUACACUUUAGUUAUUCACACAUUAUUUGCCCUUUUUAGUUCCAGGGAUGUAAAAUGCGUUGUAGAUUUAAGCAAUGUUCUCUAUUCUGGAAUGCUGAGGUCUCUCCUGUAGUAUGUGCGACAGAAACAUGUAUCUCUCACCUAUAAUUCUUACUGAUUCGUGUGUAACACAAUAAUAGUUUAUAUUUCGAUUUCUUGUUAAUAAAUAGCUGCUGUUAUUUAGAUAUUAUUCACACAUCACAUAAGUCAUUCUUAAUCUGCGUAAUGUGACGUAUGUCUCCAACCCAUACACCGAAUAACGUAGUAAAAAUAGAGAAAUUUUGCUAGAAUAUUCUAUUUUAAAUCCGAUCAGAUUCUGAUAUUCGAGUGGGAUAUUAGGUGAGGGUUUUGCACAUAGCAGUGUCUAGUUUUCUUUUGUGGAAGUUAGUUUAUAUAUGUUGCCUCAGUAUUUCUGUGUCAUUCUUAUUUUACUGCUCUAUGGUCACUCUCACCUUAGAAGUGAUCCCGUGAUUCCAUCUUUGUGCUGUGUUCAUGCUAUUCCGAGCAUUUAACCCUCUAGGUACAGUCUCUGCUGCUCCUUUCUUUUGCUAUGCCCACUUAACACUUUAGUAAUAAUAAAUAGCUCACCAUGCUCCUAUGCAGUUAUCUUUUCUGAAAUGCCAUCUUCUUUGUUUUUAGUCGGACUUACUCCAGUGUCUCCAGUAUCAGUUCUAUCAGGUAUGUAUCCUUUGUACCAGCCUUUCUGUCUUUUCAUCACAGUCUAUUUUGCUUAUUUUCAUGCAUAGUAUUUACAGUGUUGUGAAAUGCGUUGUCAGACAGUGAUCCUAUAAAACCUGUCGCUUCAAGGGAUUUCCUUCCCAUACCUUAGGAUUACAAACUCAGUGGCACAGUAUCUUUCUACUAAUGGAAAUGCUCAAGAAUGGCUGCCAAAAAAAACAUUUAAUACACUAAAAGGCAGUGUCCAAAUGAUAUCCCACAGCAUUUUACUCACUAUUGACUUUCUCACUUUAAUUUAGGAUCUGUCUCACAGGAAUAUAAGUUAUUGGCAGCUCUAUUUAGGAAGUCUGAGAAAUGUUUCAUUCUCACAAGAAUUAACAUUUUACUGCACCCUAUUCUAAUAAGUUAUAGGUGACUUAUGAAUGCAUGAACUACUAGACUAAUUAACAGUGCUGACUGUUUCCACCCGCUACAGUUAAAAGCAUUUGUGAGACAGGGGACCUCCUUGCACUAUACUCUUUGUAUUAAGCUUUUCUAGUGUCCCUUUAUUUACAUGGCACCAGGAGAUUUCAGCAAUAUGCUUGGGAUAUGUGACCUACUAGAUGUGCCUAAAUUAUUAACAUAUCCUAAACAGAAGGUUGUUGUUUUUUUCAGAAAAGCGUAAAACACUGAGAGAUGCACUUGGACUUAGUGAGACAUAUAGUUUUAGUUGGCUGUAUAAGGCAUCCUUUUAUGUAUUUCCAUCAAAUGCAAAGCUCUGUUGGCACAGCCAGGCAUAGAAUGCUAAUAUAACAUGUAUCAUGAUUCCCUGCUUGUUUACAUAUGAAUAAAGCAGAGGUUUUAAGAUUACUGUAACUCAACAGUAAAGCUGUAUUCGGACUAGUACUUCUAUAAUAGCCAUGUUGUUAACAAUACAUGUGCUAGCUUACAAUUAAAAUAAGCCAUGCCCACUGUUUAUGCAGUAUAGCUCUCCUCUUUUUAAUAUGGGUGCUAACUUACACCCUUUUAAAUUAAGUCAUAUCCUGUGUAUAUACAGCACCUCCCAAAUGACACAUAAGCAAACUUCUGUCUGCACUCACCAGGCCUUAGAUUUAACUCACAUUUUCUGUUAAUUUAAACCUGAAGAUGGGAACCUAUAUCCUAAAAGUUUGAUUUCUCCUAUUGGCCAGCCAUAUACAAGUCUCCUCCACAUCUUUAUGACCAGUGCAUUAGAAUUCUAUCUAGCUGUGGUGAUUGCACGGUGGCUGAAUUUUCAUUGUACGCUAGAUUAGUCCUUAACCCCUUAAGGACACAUGACGUGUGACAUGUCAUGAUUCCCUUUUAUUCCAGAAGUUUGGUCCUUAAGGGGUUAAAUAAAUGUGAGCAUUCAUGUAUCAAUCAGUUAAACAGAGGACAGUUUGUUUCCUGUUAAAACACAAAAGACUUGAUCUCACUUGUUUAUCUUACACUUUCCGGAAAUAUUUUAAAAUAGAAAAACUUUAAACUGUUCCAGAUUGUAUUUUUGUAAUAAGGCAUUCAGAGUUAUUCACUAAAGUAAGAAUUCAAAGUGAAUUUCAAAUUCAAGAGAAAAAUAGCCAAACUGGAAAUAUUCUCUGUCAUCUCUUUCAUGUUCGACUGCUUUGGCCUUAAAUUUUAAAUUCAAUUUGAAUUCUCAGUUUGGUCAACAAACCUGAUUGGGGAUGAAAGGCUUCUAGUGAAAGUGGUAGUAUCUUUUCUAAUAAGAGUGAGGGACUUUUCCUUGUGGCCACCCUUCACUAGAAACUUUGUGAAAUAUUAUGCAUUAUUUGGGGCUUGUGCAGUAUAAUAUCCUUUACAACAAAAAGCAGCCAGCCAGAUUACUAAUUAAUGUGCAUUAUUAUUAAUUAUUCUUAUUUCGUAUAUAUCUCACAUUUAUAUAUCAUCCAUUCAUUAUAAAAUUAUACCAUACUAGAACUGCUGCUUAUUUUGAGGGAUUUCCACUUUUUUUUUUCUUUAAUUCCAUAAAUCCUGUCCCCAGAUUCUUCCCAUUUUCAUCUGUUUUGUGCAUAAUUCGUAAAAAUACAAGAAACCAGUUUCUGAAAUGCACCUUCACCGAUAAGCUUCUUCCACCUGCACUUUUAACGCUUCAGCCAGUGGAACCGAAGAGGUGGAUUAGCCAGAUGAGACUCUGGACUGGAAGCAUCUGUGUGACCUGCAGGUCGCAGGAUCUAAUCCCGGCUAGCUCUGCCCACUCUUUCAUCCUUUCAAGGUAGAUAACGUGAAGACCAAUGGCGAAUAAUUCAAGUGAUGUCUUCCUGUACAUAGUAAUUUAAUUUUUAACUGUAAGGAUGAAAUAGAAGUGAAAUUAGUUUAAAUCCCACCCUCCCCAUUAGAGUGAGCAUACCUUUUUCAUAAACCUGUCCCUAGUGUUGAAUCCUCUGUUUGUGUGUUUUUGUGUUUAUGUUCUAGAAACUGUUUUUUGCUGACACCUUUUAAAGAAACAUGCACAAAAUAUGGCUGUCGUCUUCAAACAAAUAGUUGUAACAAUGAGACCUUUUGUUACCUUGUCCUUAAGUACCAACCACCUACAUUUGUAUAUCCGUUAUCAAUUUCAACAAGAAUAGCUUUAUUUAAAUUUUGUCUACACAUUUACAGCCAUCCUGAUGACACAGUAACAUAUACAUUGUGGCGAUUUCCAGUUCUGUAGCUAGCAACGUCAGAUAUCAAAAUUAGCUAGAAAUGGAUUGAUGCACUUAGUGCUUUUAAUGUUGCAACUGUUGCAACAAGCCAUCCAAGUUUUACUGACAUUUAAAUACCAAUUUAAACAAGUAGAUUUUCUCUUCCUUUCACACUUUUUGCACAUUUCUUAACUUUGAAAGAAUUGACUUUUGUUAGCCAGUCCUGUGAGAGUCAAUGUUACACUUUCAAAUCGAUAGUCCAUGAGGUUGUCCAUUAUUAAACCCACUUUUUACACUGGAUCGAUUCAGUGUUUCAGAUAUUUAGAAUAGGACAUCCAGGAUGUCGGAAUAAUGGAGGCUGUGCAUCUUCUUCUUGUGUGUCAAUUCUUCAUAUGCGUAGUCUAUACUGUUGUGUUGAUCAUUUCUUUAGUUAGACUAAGGAUACAAAAAAUCUAUAGUGAAAUAAAUUUCCAUCCAUACAUUUGCUAGGAUAUAUGUAGAUGAAAUGCUAUUCACCAUAAAGACUUCAAGUUAACUUUGGCAUAACAAUUGCCUCUAAAUCCUCUUAUUAAACAGUUACAUACCUAAAGUUAUUGGUCCAGUAUAGAAUUCUCUUCUUAUUGAGCACCAGCAGAUGUACACAGCCCAAUUUUUCAUUUUAUCAAUAGAAUCAUUAAAGUCUUGGCCAACUGCAUAAACAUUGGUCAUUAAUAUAAUAUUUUAAAAGAAAUAUAAUUAUUUAUAAAACAUAUUAACACUUCUAACGUGUUUCUUUUUUUUUUUUCUUUCCUAAAUAUUGAUCUUAAACCCUUGUGGAGAGAUUUAAAUCUGUGCUAUGUCCUUUUAUUAAAUUGUCUAGUAGUUGAUGUAACUACAGUUGUACCAGAUUACCAUCUCAAUGCAACCAGUCAGACUGAUGCAAAGUAAAUCCUUUUCCAUUUGUACAUAUUUGUGAAUAUGAACUGAUAUAUUUUCAAGUCAUCCACUUUACAUUAUUAAGAUAAUCUAAAAAAAGUGUAAAUGUUUUUUUCUUUUAAAACCGUUUUGAAUGUGUCAUUUUAAUAAUAAUCCUGUUUUAAAUUGUUUACCAGUGUCGUUAGACAUUAAAAGGCUAUCCUUGAAUGGAAAAAAAACAAACAAAAUUUAAUCUGAAUCUUUCAUUCCAUUUUCCUACUUUUCUGGUGAUUAAAAUGAGACAAGAGAAUAUGGCUUUAUUCCAAGUGUUCUUUUACAAGAAUUAGCAGAGAUCUGAGACUCCCCUCACACAGAUCUCCAUUGCUGUGCUUGCUUGCAGACGUCCUAUGUACUGGGUAUUAACUUAUUCUCUUGACUUAGAGGCGAGAAUUGAGAGGGGAAAAUAUAGGAUAAAUUAUUUUACCUUGGUUAUGUACUUGACCAGGUAGCUUCAUGCCUCCAUCUUCUCUCGCUGUAAAUGUUGUACAGUGAGGGUGCUAAGUCCCUGCCCUGCCAUUUACGGUGCACAGCACUCUCCACAUGCAUGUGCAUGCAUCUUACGAGCAUGCACAUGCCCACAUCUUAGAUGGUGGCUUGUAUUUUCUCAGGUUUAAUAAAUCUUUUACGUAAGCUGGAACUGGUGCAGGACUCAGGAGAACGUUAACCUGAGAUAGGGAGGCAGAUUAGUGAGCACUUGGAAUCGGUCAACCCUGCCAUCUGAUAAGUUUGGGGUAACAAACCAACCUUCAACUAAAUUGUCAUUGUUCGGUACUGCAGUGAUGUAUCCCCUUCAGUAUUCCUCAAAUUGACAUUAAAAGGUCUCCUAGAUGGUGAGAAUGCCACACGUAAUGAAUUUCCUAAUGGGACUUCUUUUAGCCAUUCUAUUACUCCACGGGCCAGUUUUUGGUGCAUGUUUCUCUAUUAUGUGAUGCGUGUUUUGUGAAAGCUCACUUUAGUCUGCUUUAGUUGGAGGUAAUGUAUAAAGAGCAAUUCUGGAGCAGAGCUUGUUACAGUUCUUGACUUAUUACUCUAUGUUUAUAAUUGUGCUCUAGAUUUUCUUUAAAAACAUACACCCUAUAUAUUAAAGACAUUUCUAUACAGUUUGUUGUAAGUUUUAGUAGUGAACCAAAGUUGUCCUGCCCUUUAUUGUGUGUCUUAGGUAUGAUAGCAGUACCUGACCUGCUCUGCUACGUAAUUCAAAGUGAUACAACAUACCUUUGUUUUUUGUUGUGUUUUUUUUCAUUUCUUAAUUUACUCAGUGCUGAUGGUUUUCCUUCUAUUUUUUUUUUUUUUUUUUUAGAUUCCAGGUACCUCUUUACUACCAGAGGUAGCACCAAAGGAUAAAGGGAAGAUCUGCAUGGUGAUUGAUUUGGAUGAAACACUGGUUCAUAGUUCUUUUAAGGUAAGGGGAUGGUGGGGUAAACCAGACUUUUACAAAGAAAGAACAACUGUAGCAGGUGAAAAACACAGGAGUCUAAUGCAUCAGUAGUGGGUCAACAAACUUUCAUUGCACAAACGUGUAAGGACUAUAGGAUUAUUUACUUAGGCUAUUUUUAACCUAAACGUUUAACAGUCAAAUUUCUCCAGCCAUUCUCAAGCCAAACUGUACCCUUUAAAGAUAAAAUUAACAAGUAUAGUACAGCACUUGAUGGAUUUAGGUUAUUUUGUUAUUGCGUUCUAGAAUAGACUGGGAUAUACUUUAAAGGAUUACUCCAACUCCCCCCCCCCCUUUGAAUAAUGCUUUAUUAAGAUUGGGGAGGGAGCAGUGGAGGAGGAGGGUUUGAGGAAACAAAAUAGUGGAAGGAACAGGGAGGAGGGAUAGUAGACAUAAGCUUCUGGUUGCAGGCCCUGUCUGAUUGACUGUCACAAGCUAACUACAGAGGUAAAAUAUGCAUAGAAUUUACAUUGGCUGCCUAAAAUACACGUGCUGGGGGUGUCACAAGUGCCAGCACACAAUAGUAAAUAACACUGCACAUCCAGACUCAUACCACCAUGACCACUUCUAAAAGCAGAAGUGGUCAUGGUGGUUGUAGUAACCCUUUAAUCUUGUUUCUCUCACUGAUAAAACAAUAAAUUCUUAAAGGAUCACUAUAGGGUCAUGAACAUGUAUUCCUGACCCUAUAGUGUUAAAACCACCAUCUGGGCCCCUCAUGCCUCCAUAAAUAUAGAAAAAUCUUACUGUAUUCAAACCUGAAGCUGUAACUCUGCAUGCUGUCUGUUGACAUCAUCAGAAGUGGUGGCCUGAUCCAAUCACAGUGCUUCCCCAUAGGAUUAGCUGAGACUGACAAAGAGGCAGAUCAGGGGCAGAGCCAGCAUGAUUCAAACACAGCCCUGGCCAAUCAGCAUCUCCUCAUAGAGAUGAAUUGAAUCAAUGAAUAUCCAUGAGGAAAGUUUAGUGUCUGCAUGCAGAGGGAGGAGAUACUGAAUAUUUGGAUGCAUUUUAGGCAGCCAUGACCCAGGAAGGAUCUCUAGCAGCCAUCUGAGGAGUGGCCAGUGAAGUGAUCACUAGGCUGUAAUGGAAACACUGCAUUUUCUCUGAAAAGACCGUGUUUACAGCAAAAAGCCUGAAGGUAAUGAUUCUACUCACCAGAACAAAUUCAAUAAGCUGUAGUUGUUCUGGUGACUAUAGUGUCCCUUUAAACACCUGUCCUUUCCUGUAGAGUGUAGGAAUGUAACACAUAUUCCCCUUCCUCCUACAUAUGCGUUUUACAGUGCAAUUAGAAAACCUUUCCUUUAUUUGUGGAGAAUGCAAUCAGGGUUAAAGGAACACUAUAUUCACCUAAAUUACUUUAGCUAAAUAAAGCAGUUUUAGUGUAUAGAUCAUUCCCCUGCAAUUUCACUGCUCAAUUCACUGUCAUUUAGGAGUUAAAUCACUUUGUCAUUUAGGAGUUAAAUCACUUUGUCAUUUAGGAGUUAAAUCACUUUGUCAUUUAGGAGUUAAAUCACUUUGUCAUUUAGGAGUUAAAUCACUUUGUCAUUUAGGAGUUAAAUCACUUUGUUUCUGUUUAUUCAGCCCUAGCCACACCUCCCCUGGCUAUGAUUGACAGAGCCUGCAUGAAAAAACAGAUGUAAUUUACCUUAAAUAAUUGUAUAUCAAUCUCUAAAUUGAACUUUAAUCACAUACAGGAGGCUCUUGCAGGGUCUAGCUCGCUAUUAACAUAGCAGGGGAUAAGAAAAUCUUCAUUAAACAGAACUUGCAUUCUUGCAGAAUAAAGAAAGCCUAAAUAGGGCUCUCUUUACAGGAAGUGUUUAUGGAAGGCUGUGCAAGUCACAUGCAGGGAGGUGUGACUAGGGUUCAUAAACAAAGGGAUUUAACUCCUAAAUGGCAGAGGAUUGAGCAGUGAGGCUGCAGGGGCAUGUUCUAUACACCAAAGCUGCUUCAUUAAGCUAAAGUUGUUCAGGUGACUAUAGUGUCCCUUUAAUGUGAACAUUCAAAGCAAAAUUAUAUCAAAUGAUUGUAUUGGUACCAGACUGUCCCUUAACCCCUUAAGGACACAUGACAUGUGUGACACGUCAUGGUUCCCUUUUAUUCCAGAAGUUUGGUCCUUAAGGGGUUAAAGUGAAAAUAGCAUACCUUGAAACCAUUGCUCUGUUUGGCUACUCUGGUCUUGAAUUAGAAAUUCAAUUUAAAUUCCUACUAUAGCACUGGGUUAUACAGAGGCCAUGUUAUAUGUUGGGUUCUUUCAGAAGAGCUUGUAAGUUUCGAUGUUGUUUGUUUUUUAACACUAUUUUACUACUGACCAUGUUUAUAUGUGUACAUUAAACUUAAAUUAUUUUGUUAUCUAUCUGUGUAUUGUUUUAUAAAUAAUGCACACUCACUGGUUUACAGUUAGGAUUGCCAUAUAGACAUAAUAUUCUAAUUUCUCAUAUGACAGUCCUCAAGGUAAUGUUUUUUAUUUUAUUUUUCUCAGCCAAUCAGCAAUGCAGAUUUUAUAGUACCUGUGGAGAUUGAGGGAACAACACAUCAGGUAUGUUUUUUUUUUUUUUUUUUUAACUAAAAGGGAGUUCUGGGGUUGCUGAUAAUGAAUAUAAAAAAAUGUAUGUGUACUUCAUUAUAAAUAGUCUGUCAUUCUUUGGGAGGAAAGUUUCAACACGGUAUUGUAUCUAAUUAGAUUAGGAAUAGUAGGUGUGUACCAACAUUGUAGUCCAAUAUAAAAGCUGGGUUUCCGUACUGAAUGUAAGUAUGUGAAUCUUAAUUAUUUUGUUUUAAAUAACUUUUUUUCCCUUAAGACGAAAUGAACAAAAAUGUAACAUGUUUGUAUACAACAGUGGUUGAGAGUGGGGGUGGGGGGGAGGAGGAGAAGAAACCCUAGACUGACUCAUUUCUUGAUAAAACACAUUCAAAGAACAAACCAACAAAUUUGGUACUGGUAAUGGGCAAAAUGUGUAAUUAUAUGUGGUUAAAAAUACAAAGGUUUAUAAAAAAAUAAAAAUAAAAAAGAGACAUCCUACGCACUUUACAGAAAAACCAGGGACCUUCCUGUUGUUGGAUUGGUGCUCUGGUAGUUCUAACUGCAUACUCCUGUAAUACCUUUUAUUAAUAAUGAAAUAAUGCUGGGUAUUCUAAACAUUUAUUAGUUUAGUGCCCCCCACCCCCUUGCUUAAAAAAAAAGAAAUAAGUUUUGCUUUGUGAUUAUAAUAACUUUAUUCCUGAUAGCGUGGAGAACAAAGGUCUGACAAUUGUCACAUUGCAUUUUCACCAAUUCCAACCCGAAUGUAACUAGGAGGUGACUUCUGCUUUGAAACAAUCUUAAAAUACAAAAGUUCUUGGUAGUUAAGAAAUUCUUCAUUCUGCGGGAAACUUGUCCAACUUACAUUUACAGCAGGUUCCACAUCAUUUUCAACAGAUUUAUUUUUUAUUUUAUUUUUUGAUUUGUGUGUUGUGUUUUUUUUUUUUGUGUGUGUGUGUGUGUUUUCUUCUCUCUAUUAAGAUGCCUAGCUUGGAAGAUGUCACAGAAAUCCUAGUAUAUGUAGUCUUUUAUGUCUCUCCCACUGUAGGCAUGGAAAAUAAUUACUAAUAGUUACAGCGGCUAUAACAAUGUUUCUGUUUUUAUAUGUAACAAACAUUUCUUUCUAGAGACACUUUGUGAAACAGAAGUGGCUCCAGCCUGAUUCAAGUAAUCCAGGAUAGGCUGUUUCCUCACAGUACGGCCUACUCUUGAUUACUUGUUUCAGGAAGUUGCUAAUUUUGCGUCUUCGAUCUUCUCUUCAGCUGCACAUCUUCCACCCUGUCCCACUGGAAGAUGCCUAUUAGAUGGAAAUAUAUUUAAUGCAUCAUAGAACAAAGAACUUUUGCUUAAAAUAACAAUAUUGAACAUGUUUCCAGUUGGGUAUAUGUUAAAAUUCAGGAUGUAUUCCAAUGCAGGUUUAUUUUACUCUGUGUAAGAUGAUGCGUCUGGUAAGAAAUCAAUGCUAAAAAAAACCCCCACCUAAAUGUGUUUACACCAAGAAGUGACUAUACCGGGAUUAUCUCAUCUUUUCAUUUUGUGGGUUUUUUUGACACUUGAUACCAGUUUCUCAAGGACUUUUAGAAAUAUUCAUACCAGCAAAAAGCAGGUCUUUGUGCGGUCACCAUACACAGCUAUGUUACCCUCUGUUGCCAGAUUGUGAUUUCAGAAUCUUGAAUGAUUCCAUUGCUGGCCAUGUGUUGCUUCUAGACAUGGCGCGCUUCAAGUGUAAAGAGCCAGCCGCUGUCUGAACAUGUAAUAUAAUCUUAUUGGAUCUUGUUUCUCUCUUGUUCUUCCACUCAGGUUUAUGUUCUAAAGAGGCCUUAUGUGGAUGAGUUUCUAGAAAGAAUGGGCGAUCUGUAUGAGUGUGUAUUGUUCACUGCCAGUCUUGCCAAGGUAAGGAACAAGAUACUGUCACUUCUCAUGCGCAUAGUAUGAAAUGCUUUUGGAUUCGGGGUUUUGCCCUAUACUUAGGAAAGUUUGUAAGAUUGUGCCAGUUGAACUUGCAAUACCUAAAGAAGUAGGCAUAAGGAGUAGACUUGCUGUGUUAGAAGUUCUUUAACACUUUUAAUAUGUAUUAUUAAGUGGUGAGCCUCAGUGGUGUGAAAAGUCACCAUGCAGUUAGUCUUAGGUGUUAACUUUGACUACGUGUGUAGAGCUUAAGUCUAUCCUAGACUUAAGAUAAGGCCAGGGACUAAUUAAAAGGAUUUUGAAAAUUGGGUAGACUAUAUGGGCCAAAUGGUUCUUAUCUGCCGUCUCAUUCUAUGUUUCUUGCCCCUCUGCUGCCUCGUUGUACCAGUUCAUUAUCCAAAAUAAUGUUUUUCACUUACAAUAAAUAUAUACACACACACACUGAUACAUUGAUUUCUUACAAAGUUCUGAACAGGAUUUUGAUGAAAAAUAUUUUUCUGGUAUUUAACUCCCAACUCCCUUGUGACAUCACAGAUCCAGUCAAUAAAUCGGGUCAGUCAGGAAUAACCACUGUUGUGCACGCGUUCCACGCUCUGUUUGUAUUCCCCAAGGUGGCUGGUUUAGCAUUGAGCCCAAUGUACUGUUUCCAUGCUUGUAAGCUCUUGGUUGUUGAUAUUGGGAAAUAAGAUUCUCAUAGCAGUAUUCUCUUACGGACCAUAGAGCACUUAUUGAAAAAGAUUACUUUUUUUUUUUUUAAAUUGGGUUAUAUAUCCUACAAUUCAUAUUUUAGAGUUGGGCUAUUUCUAUGGAGACCAACAAAUUCUCACUUGCAUUGGAAUCUGUAGAUAAAAUGUUAGAAGACCAAUUUCUUUAAAGCCCUGAAAAUUCACACACUGUUUCCCCUCCAGUACGCAGACCCAGUGACAGACCUUCUAGAUAAGCAUGGAGUCUUCCGAUCACGUCUCUUCAGGGAAGCCUGCGUGUUCCACCAAGGCUGCUAUGUCAAGGAUCUGAGCCGAUUGGGGAGAGACCUAAAGAAAACUAUCAUUUUAGACAACUCUCCAGCAUCGUACAUCUUCCAUCCAGAAAAUGCAGUAAGUGUUUAUUUCCUGAAAUUCUUAAAGAAGAAUGGUUUCAUACACUAAAUAAAAACCCAGUCACUAUUCAGUUGGCAGUAGAACUCUCCUAAUAUUGAGCGAACUGUUUUAUAAUUUAACAUCUGAAUUGCUUUGUAAGGUGGCUACAAAAUUAACAUUUAAUCCAGCCUGGGGGAAAGCUCCUGGUGCCCGUCUCCCUCCUUCGUCUGACGUCAGCUGGGCCCUUGAAUGGUCUAUUGUAACUUUUUUUAAAGAAUUUGACUAUAAUGCAUCCAUGCAUUGUAUGUUGUGAAUUAUUUACAAAACAAAGUAGGUUUGGCGUUGAAACCUAUUAAAUACUACCACACUGUUCUAUUUUUAUUUUACUUUAUACUUAAUUACUGACCUCUCCGAGGAAGUAAAAAGUUGUACAGGGUAGGGAAAAAAUAAGAGGUUAGAAUGCCUUGUAUUUUACUUGUGCAGAAAAACUGACGUGUUCUUUACUGCUAGUGCGUGUGGCGGUACAAAAGUGAUGCAUUCAGAAAAGUGGGGCAAAGCUCUAAAAAUUAAGCAGUUUGUGUGGAAGUCACUGGUCCUGAGGGUUCCAUUGAUUUCAAUGGUGACUGCAUCACUUCUAUAACCACACCCACUUUCUGUAAGUGACACCUGAAGUCUCCUAUUCUAUCCUAUCUGGAUUUCCUGGGAGCUCUGUACUGUUAUUAAUGACCAUAUGUAUUCUUGUUUCAAACACCUUCAUAGGAAGUGUGUCUAUAGAUUUUUUUUGUUGCUACCCUUUUCCUUUAGUUCAGUGGUGAGACUUGGGACUGAUAGAAGCUAUGGGAUUUGUCUGGACAUGAUGUAGAUGACCCUCUCCAUCCAUUAAGACUUUUGCAGAGUUAUUUGCUAAAGUGGGAAUUGCUGGACAUUUCAUAAAUAGCCCAUCUAGUUGCAUAGCUAACUAUGCGAAUUUUUCCAGUUUGGCCAUCUCGGCUCAACCUGUGAAAUACCCUUUGAAUUCACACUCAAAAUAAUAACCCUGCUAGUCCUCUCGUACACGGUUUCAAACUCCAUUGUAAAAGGAGUGAUAGCCUCCAUUUCCUUCUGGCAUAUGAAAGGUUUGGUUAUUCGGUUGUCGAGAGGUUGUUAUGAAUUUGGUUAUUGGAAGAGCAAUGUUCUGAAAGCAGUGCAUUAGGUCUGUGUUUAAAGUGCUGCUAUUGUGAUGUGGAAGACAGAGCUUGCAUCCAGACCAUUGAUUCUUCUUCACAUGGGGAAUGAUUUUAUAUAAAUAAAUAAAUAUAUAUAUAUAUAUAUAUAUAUAUAUAUAUAUAUCUAUAUAUAUCUAUAUAUAUAUAUAUAUAUAUAUAUAUAUAAAUUUAUUAUUGAGAACCUUGAUAGCUCCCGGAUAAAGGACAUCACUGUCUGGUUGUGAUUGUACAAAUUCAGGUGUUUUGAGCUUCUCAAUAGAGAGAUCAUCAAGUGGCAUUUCUGCUAUUCUCUGUUUUUGUAUCUAAUUCUGCUUCUCAUACAAUUAUAUUGCUGACAGAUUGUAUUGAGCGACAAUAAGAUCAGGUUGCUAGGAUACCUUUAACAAUACCAUAUGUCUAGAACUGAGCGAAACACUGAUUAAUUCUUUCCAUUCCAGAACAUUAUGUAGCCCUAUUGCUAAGCUCUGUAUUUCAAGUCGUUAAGUUAUUUGAAAGAGGAUGUAAUUAUUUAUUUAUUUUCUUUCCCAUCUCUGACAAGGAUGUCAGAUGUUCAGCUAACCAACUUUUUUUUUUUCUUUUGCCUUCUUAAUCUCCAGUGUAAAUAAUGCUUUAAAGGGAAACUGUCUUCAUUUUUUUUAUUGUGAUUGAAAAUAAAAUAUUUGCAUCAAGUGACAUCGGCGCUGGAUUCAGGUAAGUAGCUGAAGGGGUUUUAACUCCAUGAUCCUCUAGUGCCAGGAAAACAGGUUUGUUUUCCUGGCUCUGGAGAGUACCUUUAAAAAUGGCCUCCCCCAUAGAGCAAGAGUAAGUCAAGAAAUGCACUGAAAAAAAUAUUUACUGACGUAAAUGUGUACAUUACAAAAUAGAGCACCCAGAGGUUCUAAUACAUGUCCUCUUUCAUUUUCAAUACUGAUUUUUUUAAAAGUAGAAGAAAUUAAAUGAAAAACUAAUAUUUUUUUAUGAUUCAUUUAUUUAUACAGCAUAGAGGAAAUAAAACAUAACAUAACAAGAUAAUCCAAUUCUGUUAUAUUUUUGUUAAGUUUCCUUAAUCGUAAUCCUUUCACCCCUUUCUUCCCUCUAGGUACCAGUACAGUCUUGGUUUGACGAUAUGGGGGACACCGAGCUUCUGAGCUUAAUCCCGAUCUUCGAAGAGCUCAGUGAUUCUGAGGACAUUUAUACAAGUCUUGGGCAAUUACGAGCGCCAUGAGGUCCCUCCACUUGCCUUCCCUUUUUUUCAGGGGACUUUUUAUAUCUUAAUAUUCUUUCAGAAACAAAAUGUCUUUAAAAACAAAUUCUCACUCGCAGUGCCUUUGGCCUCAGAGGAAGAGGAACAGAAGGGGAGUUUCUGAUGUGGGAAUUUCUCAUAAAUGUGAGAAAUAAUCUUAAUUCUCUCCCUGGACUUUACCAAGCAAAGCAGCUAUGACUUACACUCCUAGUAGCUAGCGUGUCUUGCGGCAUGCUGGCAUCGAAUGCAGGGAUACAUAAAUGCCAUUUCUUUGGUGCACUGGUAGGAGGAAGUGUCCUUUUUAUUUGAUAAUGGUACUAUGUACCUAAAUUCUAAUUCUGCUGCAUCUCCAGUGCUACACAGUAUCGUUCUGUCAGCUCUUUUGUACACUGUUGAGGUUCAUCCAUCUGAAAGUGUCCUGGGCUAUCAUACUGAUUAGUGAAUGAACACCACCACUACUCACAGUAACUGCUACUUGAUGAGGUACAUGUGCCCCACUAGGUAUUAAGGGCUCAGAUCAAAAAUUAUGUGGGGAAUUCUGAUUUUCAUAGGUAUGGUUGAUGGCACCAGGCACGAGCGUGGGAAGGUGCUAACAUUCAAUCAAGAGUAUGUCCUCUUUGCAGAGAACUGGUCACUUAAACAGUGUUUUAGAUAAAUGUAUAGAGCAAUAAUAAAAAAUAAAAAAAAUCAAUACAUUGUGAUAACAGAAUUGCAAGGAAGCAUGAAUAAAAUACUAAUGGUUUGAAGUUUGACACCAACCAUUUUAUGACCUCACUUUGAGCCCUCUACGCAAAUGAAUUAUCCAUGGCAAAGGAUCGUUUGCUGAAAGGUUGGCGCAGUGAUGGCAUGAAGAAAGAAAGGAAUCAGCCAAGUUAUAUAUAUAUAUAUCUAUAUACAUGUUUUUAUUUAUUUCUUUUCUUCUGCAUAACUGUUAACACGUGCUAUGAGGUGGCAGUGUCCCUUUUCAUUAAAGCUCAUCAUCUUUUCUGAUGAUUAUCGUUCCCAGUGAUUGCAUCAUCGUCAUGUUGGCUGCCAUCAAAGGAAAAUAGAUUUACUCAAUAUCAAAAAGUAUGUCCUAAGAUUCCCCGGAACUUUGCCCACAUUGUGCCAUCAGCCGUUGCAGUAAGAACACACAUUCAUUUAACCACCUCGGCAAAUAUUUAUCAUUUCCAUGCGUUAUACCAAAUUUUGACAUAUCGGGAUUUCCAGUGCCAAUUUUUAACAAGCCAAGGGAAAUCCAGGUAUACGUAUAUUUUUGUGAAUGUUAUAGAUGCUCUCACAAAAUUGGAAAAAGCAUGUUUCCUUCGACUUCCCGCGUAUGGAGUUUGAUUGCAGUGCAAUGACAGUGUAGCUGACACUUUUCACGACCUCCUGUUUGGCUGGAAAGUUGAAUUUACUAGUCUAGUUAUUUUAUAAAGCAAAGCCUUAUGUGCUUCUGAAGCUGUAGUCAUUUGAUUUGACAGCACAGCUCAUUGAUACUUGUAAUGCCAUUCGUAACACUGGAUAGAUCCAAAGAAAUGCAUUACAAUUCCGUACUAGAUUCUCCCUAUUAUAUUUCUAAAACUACAAGCACAUUCUCUGCUUGUUUAACUUGGUAUUUAACCAAUAUUCAGGAAACCGUGGACAAUUGAUCAUUUUGUUGUAUUUGGUCCAAAAAGUAAAAAAAAAAAAAAAUUCGGCUGCUUAGCCAUUCGUCUUGUGUAACUUGAAACAGAAUAUAAUUGUCUACUGGCUCCUAAUGGGAAUCUCAAUAGCUUUAUUUUGAGGUUAAGAUCUAUGGAUUAAUUAAAUUGUACUUUUGUUUUUAACUAAACUUGUAUUGAAAAGUGGUGCUUAACUAUCUUAACCGUAUGAGUACCAGGGAUGAGCUUACAUACAUUUUAUACUGUUCCAUCAACUAGCACUCAUAAGGUUAAGUGUUUCUGCCCCAAGGACCAUGCACUAAAAGGCAGUGCCUUAUUAUAGUAAGGGAAUUUAUUACAUAUCUUAUAAUUCCACCUAGCUCAUUUAGUAACAAGAAUCUUGUUUAAGUGAAUCUGACAUGCAUUUUUAGCAUAAUUUGGCCAUGAUAACACUUUUCUCAGAAUUCUUAGUCAUGACAGAUUCUUCUAUUAAUUCUCUCCAUGCUGCAUUUUAUUUCUGAUAUUUCCUGAUUUCCAAUCAUUAUGUAAAUAGUGAGACUCCAGGAAGCCAAUUUACAAUCUAAUUGGCCAGGAAGGAGAGGCCUGUGUGAUAAAGUAGCCACCACAUGCACACAACGUAAAAAUGGGACACAUUAUAGGGAAUAAAAAAAAUUCUAAAUUUGAAUUUUAUUAUUCUGAAAACAAAAUGACAAAUUUUCAUUUAAUAAUAAUCUUCAUUUUUACUAUUCUUUUAUGUUGUCAAUUUAUGUCAAAUGGUUUUUUUUGUUUGUUUUUUUUCCUUGAUUGCUUUGUGGUUGGAAUCAUGUGGUCAGCUUUGUUCCAAGUUCUUUAGUCUCCCAUAUCGAUAGACCUGUGCUAUACAGCUAUUUUAUCAUACUAAUUCGCUAACAGUGUUGUAUGCCUUACGUUGAUUAAUCUGUAAAGAUACAUAUACCCAGUUAGACAAAAGAUGUAUUUAGUCUGCUGUCGGGAACCACAAAAUCUAUGUAUUUAAGAUCCAUAAAAUCGGACUUCGCACAAGUUUGUAGAAUUUUUGAGCCGAAAUAAGACUUGCGUCCAUAGAUUUAUAUAGAAAUAUUUGUACAUGGGAUGUCAACAGUAAAAAAAUGUAUAGAUGGUGUGGAUCCUGUAGGCAAGACUGACUGCAUUCUCUGAAAAAGCAAUGAUUCGUCUACAUUCUAAGACUGUUAUAACGAAGCAAUCAUGGACAAUUUAGUUAGAAAUUAAUAGAAGUGGGGACACAAACCCAUUUAUAUUCAGUCUUUAACACGUUCCUAAAUUUGCUGUUGAUCUUAAAGAAGGUACAAAUCCCUAAUUUAACCUGUUUUUAAUUGUCACCAAAAAAGUAAAAUAAACCUUAACUCCCGAUUCUUCCUAAAGUCCGCAUGCUAUUGCUAAUACACACUUUACAGCUUUUGUUUUAUUCUUUACCAAAAGAAAGGAUACACAUAGAGUAGCCACUGCUUGGUGAAUACAUGGCUAUUUAAAGAUACUACUAGUUCUUCAAACAACAUUUGAUAGUCUUCGUACUUGAAUAUUACUAGAGAUGGUGGACUGCACGUUAUUCACAAAAAAUGAAACCUGUUAGAAACCUUAUGUGGUGUGCUGCACUGGCUGGGUUAAUUCAGAUUUGGUUUUUCUUUUUGUCUGCCAACACUACAUCGCCAUUAUUAUAUUGUAUCUUCAUGGAGUCCAGUGUGAGAAUAAUUCACUCAAUGCAAUGUCAUUUUGCUGGCAAAGAGAACGUUUCAGUGUAAGUGUCCUUGAGAAUCCUGCUAGACAUCUGAAGAUGUCUUAUACAUGUGAACACCCCCUCAAUGUUAUUUGGAAUUGGGACAUUGCUGUCUUCUCCUGCAUUGUGGGGACCCAAACUUUAAAACUAGGGUUUCCAAUAGGCGUUCUGGGGAGUAGUAGUUCAACUGGGGAACUACCUAUUGCCAACUCUGUCUUUAUAAGAUAUACAGGAUUGUUUUUGAAAUGGCUGCAUGGACUUCUAAAAUGUGUGACAUGGUGGUGUAUGUUAUGUCAGCCUCCUUAAAUUUACCUUUGUAAAACAAACGGCAAAUGUACAUUCCUGUGACCGCCUUAUACAUGGUAUCUGGUACGCUAUUUAGGUUUUUUGUUUUCUUUUUUUCUCUGGGUGGUCGUUUAAACAAUUGCUGGAUUAAGCCAUUCUGGGCAUUGCUCAUAACCCUUCUUUCAUUCAAACUUUCAAAUUUUCUCCAGAAUUGAAUGGCUUUAUAACUUGAAAUGUGUAAGAACUCUUACAGAGCAUGUAAUAAAAAUCUAUUUUUAUGCCCUUAA